AUGAAGGCAGCUGCUGCGGCUCUGUCUGCGGACUAUGGAGGCCCCCCGACCCCUCAACAAGCUUUCAAAGAUGAGCCCCCAGGCCUCCGCCUUUUCAUCUCGGCUUCGCCCCCACAACAUCAGCUGUGCCCUCAGGCUCUCUGCGCCGGAUCGCCCGACGCCCAACUGUCUCGUACUCAAACCCUCCAAAAUAGCGAGCAGCCAGAGCCCCCUCUUUCCAAGGGCCCCUCUACUGAGGGCCCCUCUUCUACGGGCACCUCUGCGAGAGGGCCCCACCCUGAGGGCCUUACAUCUGAGGGCCCUUAUCCUGAGGAGACUACCCAGACCGUGGAAAUGGCAGAGCUGCUCAAGCCGCCUCCUGAUUCUGCCUCCACACACCCGGAGACAAAGACUCUUGUCCCCGACCUUCGCACCGCCACCACCAGCCCCAGCAGAGCCUCUGCUGAUACAAAUGCACCGCAAGGCAACCAAGGCCGCAGCUCCACAGGCUUGCCCCGAGAUGGGGCUUCUCUAGAGUCCGCUGCGCUGCAAGAUGGCCCCUCUGCCUCAUCACAAGGCUCCCCUCAUGUGUCUUCCAUUCCCUCAUCCUCGAGCUCCAGAAGCCGCGGGGGAGUUACCUCCCUAGCGCUGUCACCUGAGGCCGGGCUACGUGCUUCAAAGGACAAGCCUGGGGGCCCCCUUCCUGCCGCUGCUCCAGAGGUAGCCAGGGCGUCUUCCGUUGGGCUGGGGGCCCCUCCGCAAGACAAGCAGGAAAACGGCAACUUCGUGCCUAAAGAAGACGGCGGCGGCGCCGGCGGCCAGAAAUGCAUUUCUCCCAGCAAAGCGCCCUGGGUGCUGCCGGCUUACCAGGCCCUCACCAGACAGGAGGGGCCCCCGGGGACAUCUGCCAGGGGGUCCGCUCCCUGCACCAGCCCGGGAGUUACCUGGGGAGACCCCUUGUUGCCUCUUCAGCUGCAGCCUCCUGGGCUGGAGAAGACGCAGUGGCUUCUCCAGCGCAUGCCAACGGGGUACACAGGGCCCGCGCCAAUAGAAACAGGAGCCGAUACUGAGGGCCGCUCGAGCUCGGUGUGGGACUUCUGUAGUCUCUACUCCCUCAACCCCCCUCUGAGUCCCGAGAGCCCCGAGCAGCAUCACGAGCUGAGGGACCGGGGCUGCCUAUCGGCCCUCAGCAGCGCGGACCCCGGAAGCCCUCGUUGUAUGUACACCCCGCCGAGUCUGACAGAACGAAUGCUUCACGACGAACUGGACGCCAUUAACAGCGACGCGUUGUCUCCUCCGUGCUGCUGCACCCGGUCCCCUGGCCGUUCCUGGAGCCGUCUUGACGGGGCUCUCCCUGAGAAGGAGGGCCUUGAGGGCCCCCAGCUGGUGGGAGGCAGUCCCGUGCCGUCUUCUGAGGCCUCUCUGCCUCCUCCAGAAAUGCUGCCAAGCAUAAGCGAUGACGAGCAGUCACUGUAUGGCCCAGCCGCAGAUGCAGAGGCUUGCGAGUCCCUAGGCCCUUGCAUUGCUCCCACUGUCUAUUGGGGGUGCCAGCAUUUGCGCCCCGAGGGUUCCUUUUCUGCGUGGCAAACUAUGGGCAGACUGCAGCAGGCUCCCCGCCGCUCCCCCCACGUUUCUUCCUGCCUUUUCCCAGGAAUUUCGGCUAGGCGCCUCUGCUGUUCACGACCCACAGUUAUGGGCUGCUCUGCCCGGCAAGUUGGGAUGGCUUUGGGCAUGCAUCCAUGGGCUGUGCCCAUGAACGACGGUGGCUGCGGGGGCCCUUUUCUCUCAGCUGGGUCCAGAAGCUUCUGCAAAAAAGGACCUCAAAUUCAACGCUGCAGCGGCUGCGCUGCUCGCGCGGCUGCGGCUUUGCGUGAGCGUGGGGCCCUCUGGUUUGGAGGCCUUCGUGCGUCUCUAAUGGGGGAGGAGGCGAGGGGCGGAAACUGCUGCCGACGGCUGCUCAUUAGACCUCCUUGUUGUUGUUUCGCUCACGCCGGACGCAAUUCCCGGUUGGGAGGGCUAGUGGGGCCCUGGGGAGCUUCUGCAGAUGACAAAGAACUCAAGAACGGACACAAAGACAACGCGCUGUGCAGGUGCAGCUACAAAGCCCGCCUUCCAAGACGUUUCAGUGACAGCAGCGGGUGUGGCCUGUGCUGCUCAGCAGCAGGAGGGCACCAGCAGAGGCCCGCCGCUGCCGCAGCUGCUGGAGGGCCUGUUCCUCCAUCGACACAAUCGUGGAGUUCUACGCAGCUCGCCGCCAGUGACCUUCCAGCCACUUGCCAUGAACCGGUUUCUGCCAUCUCUGCUGCUUCUAGGCUUAGGGGGGAGUGCUGCAGGGGAGCCUCUCCGUUGCUGCUGCCGGGACUCUGCAGCCGCCGCGGGGGGCUCCCGGAUGCGAAAUACCCGCAGGAGGCGUCAGCCGACGGCUGGCCCCAACGGCCAUUGCCUUCAGCGCCUCUCAGCUGCUCCUCCGAACUGCAAGACUGCUUGUCGGGGCUUCGCGCGACAAGGAGCUGCGCCUCCAUGAGGACUUGUUCCCUCUCUCCUACUGAGUGCCUAAGCAGGCACCACUCUGCCUCGGGUGCGGCCUCGCUUUCGCAGCCCUCGCUGUCGACCCCCGUGCUGUCACCUCCAGCGCCAUCUCCCCUCCUAGACCUUAGUCUCAAAUCUUUGGAGAAGUCCCAAGAGGGGGCCAAGCCUGAAGAGCCAAAGACUUCUAAGGAGGGGCCUCAAAACAGUUCAGGGCUACAGGCGGAGGCUACAGAAAGCAGAGACGCGCUGCUUGACCUUAGCCUACAAGACGCAGAGCGACCAGACGAGCAGCAGAAACUGCAUCAGCCACAGAAACACCAGCAGCAGCAGCAGGCAAGGCAUACUGCCUCAGACCCGCAGAUGUGCGUUUUCUACUCUCUUCUAGAAGGCAACUGCUGCUGCAGAAGACAGCGGCGAGCCACUUGUGGCAGCGGCAAUAACAGAAGCAACAGCGUUAACGGACUGCACGGAACUGACGGCGGAAUUCAAGGGACUUCUCACUGUACCACGUGUGCGGCGACGGACCAAAGAGCUGCAGCGGCACCUAGCAGGGGCUGGGGCUACUGUCAAAAGUGUCAGUGUGGCGCCCCCCAUAGAGAGCGCGACGGGAGCCCCUUGAAGGUCCCUUCUUCCACAGCUCAGUUGCUGCAGUUGGACGCCUGCAGCCCCACUCUGGCGGCGCAGGGGCAGCAGAACGAAGGGGGCGUAGCUGCAUGUGCCUCGAAGGACAAGGAAGGGCUCCUCGACAGCCUAACGGGCGCUGCCCCUGCAGCUCCGGCCUUUGAGCGCCAGGGGGCCCCCGUGCUGCCUUUGGGGCCCUCUUGGGUAUCUUCAGCUGCGGCUCUACCCUCGGUGUCAUCUUCUGAGUCUCCGCUAAAGCCCCCUGGGGAAGAGGCUCCCUUAGAUGCCCUACUCUCUGCAGUCACGACAGGGGGCUCUGGCAGCUCAAGGACUCACGGGACCUGCGAAGGAGGCGUCUCGGGAAGCCGGGGGGAUGCUUUUCCCAUUGCUUCCCUACAGCCUCCAGGCUCAGCUGGCGACUUUGGAGAAGCUGCGGCUCCCGUCCAAGGGCUCCCAGGCAGUCUCUUCCCUGUGGCCCCUGUGGAGGCUUCGCAAAGCCCGAAGCUGGGUCCCCAGAGGGACCCGCUGGCGCAGCAGCCUAAGGGCACUCCACCUGCAGACGCCCCAGGGUGCUCCUCUGCUGCAGACGGAGACAGCGGCCUAGCAGUGGGUACUGCGCUGCACGAAAACAGAGGCCCCUUAAUGUUAGAGGCAACGAGGAACCCCAAGGAGUCUGCGGGGCAGCUACUCUCGGCCUGGUCAGACACAUCCAAGAUGCCCGCAAUGCAGAGCUUAGGUGAAGCCGCUGAACCCAUUUCAGACUUGAUUGCUCGCCAGUGUCUCCCUGAGGGGCCACAGCUGUGUGCGCCCGUUGCUGAUGGCACGGGGACUGGCAGCACUCAGGCGUUCCCCGUCGACGAGAGCGGCAGCAGCAGCAGCAACAGCAAUGGCAACAACAGCAGCAGCAGCAACAACAGCAACAGCACCCAAGAGAUUGCUUCAUCGGCGUCUCUCGUUCCUGCUCCCGAAGAGUCUCCCUGCGAAAACCAGCAGAAUCUCCCAGUAAGCUGCAUAAGUGACACACCAGCAGGCGCUGGAACAUGGAUUCCUCCUCAGCAGCCAGAGACGCAGCAGCCUGUGGGCUGCGUUGCUGCUCUAACCGGGCAGCCCGCAGCAGCAAUUCAUUCACUCCAGACCCAGGGCACAGGAGGAGUUCAGGGGGAAAGCAGCAGCAGCAACAGCAACAUCAAUAGCAACAGCAGCGCGGAAGGCUCCAACCCUCUAGACCCAGCGUCGUGCGUUCUCAUGAUGGAUGCUGGAAAAGGCGACUGCAGCCUCGUUGACUCCAACGCUACCCAAAUGAUGCCAGGGACCGGCAGCGACAGCGCAGGGGCUGGGAGUACAGUCAGCGCGGGGGGCGGCCCAGGGUACAAGCGAAAGUCUGGAGGCAGCCUCUGUCUCCCUUCCCCAGGGCAGCAGCGGCUGCUGGGGCUGCAGCCCCGGCCUCCCCCUCCUCGCGUGUACCACGUGGUGAUGUGCACGCGGCGGUACUGGCGAGUAGAGUGGGUGUCGCCGGAGACCGGCCGUCGGGUCUAUAAGCACUUUGGGGAAAACCGCUACGGCGGGGGCGACAGGGCUCGCGAGGUGGCAGUGAAAUUCUGGGCCGAAGUCCGCAAGCGCAGCGCCGACGGCGUCGAGAGGGGGGAGUGGCAGGGCCUCACGGAGGUCACCCGCAGAGUGCGAGAAGAGGGAGUUGAGGGCAUCCUGCAGGAGGUCCGUGCAUCCCCACAGAUUACCGCAUGCAUGCCCCAGCCAGCAGCAGCAGCAACAACGGCAGGCACUGCUGCCACCCAGACAACUCUCCCGGAAUCUGAUGCAGCACCUGCUGAAGACCCUUUACUGGGAAGGCAGCUGCCUGCGCCCGCAUCGGCAGCAGCUGCGCCCCUGCAGCAGCAUCAGCCCAAGCCAGGUAGUGAGGUGGAAAACAAUGAUGCUCUGGGGGACACAUCGGCAGACAGUCGCUUCUCCACGUUUGGAGAGCAGCAACAGAACCAGCCCACAACUGCUGUUGAGGGAUACCGGCAGCGCGGCUCCUCUCUAAGACCUACUACCAGGGGCAGGAUGCAAAGAGAGGCCUCCAAGGACCUUUCAGCUACCAGCAACAGUCGGCUCAGCCAGCAGCAGCAGCAGCAGCAACAGCAGCAGCAACAGCAGAAAACACACAGAGAAGACUACGCAGCACUUGCUGAAGGAGGAGCGGUGGCUCCAGAAACAGCUGUUUCCGGGGAGAAUGAAGCGGGAGAGGGCCAAGGACUUUCUCAGCAGCAGCAGCAGCAGCAACAGCAGCAGGUAGAGUCGAAACAGUUCACCUCUUUGCCCAGGUUAGGAGAAACUCAAGGAUCUGCUGCGUACUCUGGACAGCAGCAGCAGCCACAACAGCAGACAAAGGAAGGGAGCGGUCCAGCAUAUGUUGUAGGGCCUCCUCAGCAGCAGUUCCGGGGCAAUCUGGAGGCGCAAGCAGUGGGCACUCAGCUGUCUGAUGCUUCCCUCACCAGUAGGGGCCCCCUUCUGAACAAAAACCCAGCAAUAGAACCCCUUUCAGGGGACCCCACAGGUACGGGAGAAUGGAGUUCCCCGGUGGUCAACCAGUCUUCAGGAGACCCCCCGCUGCCGCUGUACGCGCCGGCCAUGGGAAGCCUUCAGGGUGGGGGCGGCAUUUGGGGCCCAGGAGGAGACUCCAAUGGGGCCUCUAACAUAAGCGACGUCACCGGGACAGCCAAAAACGGAUCUGAGCUGCUGCUGAAGCGCGAGAACUCCAACGGCAGCCGCCUCUCCUCUCUCGCAGGAACAGAGCCUCCCCCGAAAAGGUACCGCCCCGACGGUAGGGAGUCGCCACUGCCAGAGGGGGCCUCCUGGGGCCCCGCUCCGCCCUUGGCGGCCUUCCCCGCCGGCGGCAGAAGUGCUGUUACCAAGGCUCUCACGGGCACCCAGAUUGUCCAGCAGGGUUCCUGCAGUGGCAUGGGCUUCGGCGGGCUGGGACAGGGCUCGGUGGCCCCCAUGGAGUUCCCCCAAGGCGCUGCAACUGAGGCUUCCGCCGCAGUGUCUCUGUCCAGCAGGGCUUCCCAAGUGCUGUCUCCCGAAGCCAGCGGGACUCUCUUGAUGAGCUGCUCAGGCGACACCUCGGGCUCUUUGCCAAGUCUCCAGGGCCCCCUGGGCUUUCAGGAGAUGCAGGGAGCCGGCGGCGCAGCCUCCACGAUGCCCAAUCCCUUCCCCGCCAGUGGCGCAAUGGGCCCCACUGGGAUGCUGUACUCAGCUCCGUCCCCGUUUUCUCCCACUGAAACCCAACUGUCUCUGCAACAGCAACAGGCAUUGAGGCCGGGUCAGCCCCCGUUAGAGGGCUACCUCAUGGGCUGCCCGUCGGAUGUGCCCUACGCCACCCCCCCGCCCACCCCAGGCGUACAGACACCAGGGAUGCGGACCCCAACCACCGGCUCAACUGUGUCAUCUUCUCGCCGGUCGCGCUGCGGCAGCUCGGCAUCGUCCCGCAAGGGUCAGACAGGAGGGGUUUCUGGGCGCAGCGGAAACGGGAGCGGCGGGCACGGGCAGCGCACCAUAGGGAGGAUUUACUCCCUCCUCGUCAGAGGUGUCAGGUGCUGGAGGGCGGAGUGGCACGACCGCUCAAGCGGCCACCGCAAAACGCGCCAAUAUGCUGCGCCGAAGCACGGCGAGCAGCAGGCCCGGGCGCUGUGCCUGCAGGCCCUCUGCCAGGCGCGCAGCGUUCCGGCGCAGCUGCUGCGCGAGGCCCAGCAGACCUUUGCCUACGAGCCGAACCUCUCCCCCGAAAACAACUCAGAGCCCGAGGACCCUCCGGCAGAGCAAGCCGUGCCCCGGGGAGCCAGCUACGCCUCCCAGCCACAGCUGCAGCAGCCUCCUCACGGCCAGCUGCUGCAGCCCGCGCCCAUAGAAGAACCGACCGGCCAUCUGGUGCAGCCUCAGUUCCAAAGAGGAGAGGCCAGCACGAGCAACGGGGGCUUUGCACAGCAAGGGUACUUCUGGCCUGGCACGGGGAGGCCACCCAAUAGCUCUUUCGGGAGCCUCCCCUCCAUGCUGGACACCAGCGAUCAACAGACAUACGGCACCAGCGCGGAGCCCGUGGGUCAUCCGCAGCAGCAGCAGCAGACUGGCUUCUUCCUGGGCGGACUUGGUCUGCCUAUGGAGACACCAGCCGCGGGGAUUCCCAUUGAAGAGGCACCAAGCGGGCCCCACGCCAACCCGAACGCCCCCAGCGUCUUUCCGCCCGACAGCAGCAACUCCGGAGCAGUUGCUGCUCCAUUUGGAAACAACGCCUUCACCGCAGGGGGGAAUGCCGAGCACCCUGCUGUCUGCAGCGCCUCCCCGUUUGAAGCAAGAAAUGCCCAGGAAGGGCUGACAGCUAAGCAGGAGCUGCCAGAGUCGGCAAUGAACAGUUUGCCGCUCGUGUGCGCCGCCCGCGCUGUGGGAGUGGACCCGAACCACCCAACCUCCUUGAGCCCCCCUCAGCAUUGUGCUUUUCCAGCAGCAGCAACGACACCUGCUGCUGCCCUCCUGACCAAGGAAGAGCCAGCUAACUGUGCAGAUCCCGAUUCCCCCGAAGCCAGCGCCAGAGCUGAAGGAGACAGAGCAAAUGCCUGGAACCCUUCUUUUCUGGCUGUGUAA